UUAAACAUAUUGCUGGCUGGUAUGAACCCCUUCUAUUUCCACGCAGUGAAUGUAAUUUUACACUGUCUAGUGACUCUUGUGCUGAUGUACACUUGUGACAAAGCUGUGUUCAAGGACUGUCGACUUGCUUUUGUCACGGCAAUGUUCUUUGCUGUGCAUCCCAUUCACACCGAGGCUGUAACAGGUAUAGUAGGCAGAGCGGAUGUCCUUGCCUGUCUACUCUUUCUGUUGGCUUUUCUCUCCUAUAAUAGGAGUGUGGAUCAGCUUUAUGUUGGGGAACAUUUCCCUCCCACUGCCUCCCCAUUCUUUUUGCUGCUUAGUUUAUUCCUUGGGACGUGUGCAAUGCUGGUGAAAGAAACUGGAGUCACUGUGUUUGGUGUUUGCUUGGUUUAUGACUUCUUUUCCCUCUCCUGCAAUGGACUCAAACUGAGAAACGGGGGGAUCCACCAGAGACCUGCCCGGCAGCCCGCAGCUUCUCCCUCUGCCUCGCUGCAGGUCCCUCCAGCCGGACGGGAGAACGGGAAGCAUCGCUUUGCUCACCGGGGCACCUGGAACUCCUGCCACCCGGCGUCACCUGAGGAGCAGCGGAGCAGUGGCCUUUCUGUGCCCAGCAAAGCCAUGUGGGCCAUUCGGAGGUUUCUAACUUAUUCCUACCUUCUGGCCUUCAAUGCGUGGCUUCUGCUGGCACCAAUCACCUUGUGCUAUGACUGGCAGGUUGGCAGCAUUCCUUUGAUUGAGUCCGUCUGGGAUGCAAGGAACUUAGCCACAGUGUUCCUGGUGCUGGUGAUGACGUUACUUAGCCUACACUGCAUAGCGGCGUUCAAGAAACUGGAACACAAAGAAGUUUUGGUUGGCAUGUUGUUCCUGGUUUUCCCAUUCAUCCCAGCCAGCAACCUCUUCUUCAGGGUGGGAUUUGUGGUGGCAGAGCGAGUCCUUUACAUGCCGAGUAUGGGGUACUGCAUCCUUUUUGUCCACGGUCUAAAAAAGCUGUCUACAUGGUUAAAUAAGUGGAGAAUUACUGUUCUGACCCUCUUUGCUUUACUGCUGCUGCUCUUCUCUUGGAAGACCGUGAAACAGAAUGAAAUCUGGCUGUCACGAGAAUCCCUUUUCAGCUCGGGAGUGAAGACCCUUCCCCACAACGCCAAGGUGCACUACAACUAUGCCAAUUUUCUGAAAGACCAGGGCCGUAACAUCGAGGCGAUCUACCACUACAAAACUGCUCUCAAACUGUACCCUCGUCAUGCAAGUGCUCUCAACAACUUGGGGACGUUGACCAAAGAUGUGGUGGAGGCAAAGGACUACUACAGACGGGCCCUUCAGUUAAACCCUCAGCACAAUCGAGCUCUCUUCAAUCUCGGCAACCUUCUCAAGUCCCAAGGGAAGAAGGAGGAAGCUGUAAUCUUACUGCGGGACUCCAUUAAGUAUGGCCCAGAGUUCGCAGAUGCUUACUCAAGCCUGGCCUCGCUGCUAGCUGAACAGGAACGGCUUAAGGAAGCAGAAGAGGUCUAUAAGGCUGGCAUAGAGAAUUGUCCAGAGAGCUCUGAUCUGCAUAACAACUACGGUGUUUUCUUGGUUGAUACUGGGGCUCCCGAGCGAGCCGUGUCCCACUACAGGCAGGCCAUCCACCUGAGCCCCACUCACCAUGUGGCCAUGGUGAACCUGGGCAGGCUUCACCGCUCCCUGGGGCAGAACAAAGAGGCUGAAGCAUGGUACAAGCGGGCACUGAAGGUAUCCCGGAAGGCUGAAAUCCUGUCCCCGCUGGGGGCUCUGUAUUACAACACGGGGCGGUAUGAAGAAGCGUUGCAGGUUUACAGAGAAGCGGCAUCACUGCAGCCUUCGAACAAAGAGAUCCGACUGGCACUGGCUCAGGUUUUAGCAAUGAUGGGGCGGACGAUGGAGGCCGAAAAGAUGACGAACCAUAUACUCAGUGAGGAUGUGGAGUGUCUGGAGUGCUACCGCCUUCUGUCAGCCAUCUACAGCAAGCAGGAGCACUAUGCCAAGGCACUUGAAGCUAUAGAAAAAGCUCUCCAGCUAAAACCAAAGGAUCCAAAAGUCAUAUCAGAGCUCUUUUUCACUAAAGGAAACCAGCUAAGAGAGCAGAAUCUCCUUGACAAGGCUUUUGAGAGCUAUAAACGGGCUGUGGAACUCAACCCAGACCAAGCUCAGGCCUGGAUGAAUAUGGGAGGCAUUGAGCACAUCAAGGGGAGCUACGUCACUGCUCGUGGUUACUAUGAAAAAGCCUUACAGCUGGUUCCAAACAGCAAGUUGCUGAAGGAGAAUCUGGCAAAACUGGAUCGCUUGGAGAAACGAUUUCAGGAAGUCCCGGAGAAAGACCAAACAUAGCAUUCAGGCACCAGUGGAAAGAAACCCAUGCCCCUUGGAGACGAGUAUAGUGGAAGCCUACUGCUCGAAAUGAUGCUGAAGGAACUUUGAUAGGACUCAGAAUUACGGAAGGCAAAUUUUGAAUGCAUGCUUAUGUUUGACCAAAGUUACAGGAGACACUUGGUUCCUGUGGGACAUGCUGGAGAAUGAAUGAAAACCUUCCUUUAAUCAAGAUUUAUGUUUAGGCUGAACCCAUUUUAAUCACACCAGGAGUGUGGGUGGGACAUGUACCUUCAAUAUCUUGGUUAUCACUGGGGAAACCAUGGAGACAAAGCACUCAUCCAUUGCAGCAGGGGUGAAGUAGCACCUCCUGUUACUCAGCACAGGCUCACCUCAUCCACAUAAAGUACCACUGAUGGGCUUCAUUGCAAGUGCUGCCAGGUCCUUCUGAUCCGGGAAAGAUGGACAUAAUGGUCACAUAAAAAGGUUUCAAGAUGUUAAUGCUGAGGAAGUGGUGGACACUUUAAAGCUCUAAAUGUGACUUGAAAAUUAUUCUAAAGAAGGGGAAAACAGUAUCUGAAUAUCACCCUAGAAGGAUGGUUCUACAAGUAGGGCAAAUAAUCCCUUGAGGGAAAACCUCACCUGAAUGUUUUACUCAUAAGAUAGUAAUUUUAUAGCGAUUCGGGUUCAUGAUGUCAGUAUUGUCAAAUAUCAUAUGGCUUUAGCCUUUGCCGUCUCUCUCCAGGCCAAAUAGUUAUUACUCUGAAAAAAAUCGAAGCAUCCAAAGGCGAUGGGAAGCUCUAGGAUUACUUGUCCUCCUGUCCAGUCCUCAG